GAGUACGCCCGGGCGUUCGGUUGCCGAGCAGCGCACGCAGACAGGCGGUUGGGCGGGGAGGGCUAGUGCUUGUAACUGAGGAGGGAGUGGGGCUCGUUGACUGAGCCGCUGGUGUUUUUUUUCGAGGGGGGGGGAGAGUGAGAGCACGGUUAGUGUCUGAAAAGACGGUUGAGGUACCGUCGCGAGGUCUCCCGAGGAAUGUGAGAACCGCGUCUUUCCCGCGCGCUCGCCCAGCAUUCCAUCCUCGUUGUUCAUCUUCCAUCCCUUCCUUCAGUCGCCCGUUGUGCCCCCGUAGAGGCUCUCGCCGGCCUCCCUGCUUGGGCCCCGCGUGAUGUCGUGAUCCCUAGGCGGACGUGCGACCAGGCGGGCGGCGCUCAGGCGGCGGCGACUGCUGCUGCCGAUGGGGCUGCUUCGGAUUAUGCUGCCGCCUAAAUUGCAGCUCUUGGCGGUGGUAGCGUUCGGAGUGUCCGUCCUUUUCUUAGAGAACCAGAUCCAGAAGCUGGAGGAAUCCCGCGGGAAGCUUGAGAGGGCUAUUGCAAAACACGAAGUCCGAGAAAUUGAGCAGCGUCAUACGAUAGAUGGCUUUCGGUCAGAUGUUGUUCUGGAUGAAGAUGAAGAUGUGGUGAUCAUUUAUAAUCGAGUACCUAAAACUGCAAGCACAUCCUUUACAAACAUUGCCUAUGAUCUUUGUGCGCGGAACAAGUAUCAUGUUCUGCAUAUCAACACAACCAAGAAUAAUCCUGUGAUGUCUCUGCAAGAUCAAGUACGAUUUGUGAAGAAUGUAACUUCCUGGAAAGAAAUGAAACCAGGGUUUUAUCAUGGACAUAUAUCCUUCUUGGAUUUUGUAAAAUUUGGUGUUAAAAAGAAACCAAUAUACAUCAAUGUCAUAAGGGAUCCUAUAGAACGGCUGGUUUCUUAUUAUUACUUCCUGCGCUUUGGCGAUGAUUACAGACCUGGACUCCGAAGACGAAAGCAAGGGGAUAAAAAAACGUUUGAUGAAUGUGUAGCAGCUGGAGGCUCAGAUUGUGCCCCUGAGAAACUCUGGCUUCAAAUUCCAUUCUUCUGUGGCCACAGCUCUGAAUGCUGGAAUGUGGGAAGCAGAUGGGCUUUGGAACAAGCCAAAUACAACUUGAUUAAUGAAUAUUUCCUAGUGGGAGUUACUGAAGAGCUUGAAGACUUUAUUAUGUUGCUGGAGGCAUCUUUGCCCCGCUUCUUCAGGGGUGCUACAGAACUAUAUCGUACAGGCAAGAAGUCUCAUCUUAGGAAGACAACAGAGAAAAAACUCCCCACAAAAGAAACCAUUGCAAAGCUGCAGCAGUCUGAAAUAUGGAAAAUGGAGAAUGAGUUCUAUGAAUUUGCACUGGAGCAAUUUCAGUUUGUCAGAGCACAUGCUGUUCGGGAAAAAGAUGGAGAAUUGUACAUUCUGGCACAAAACUUUUUCUAUGAAAAGAUCUACCCUAAAUCGAACUAAGAACAGUGCAUCUUUUUAGGUUAGGGACUAAACCUUUGGGUCACAUCCUUUAUCUCAGUCCCAACUUGUAGAUUGCUGGUGCACCAACUGAGACCCCUCAUUCUUGAGCUCUGUGGGCUGCUCAAAGAAUGGCUACGGACUAGAUAUGUUGGUGAUCCAAAAGUAUAAACUUCAGUUUAAUGUUCUCAAAGAAGGUUGCUACUCCACGCCUGCAGAAGCCUACCUAUACAUUUUGAAAUUAACUACUUAACAGUUAUGUUGCCUAAACUGUAAAGAUGAAAGGCUUCCCUUUAUGCUCCUUUUAUUCAUAGAACAGCUUAUUCUACUUGACCUCCUGGGAAGAGGAAGCUUUUGGUUCCCUAACUUCAACAUGAAGAUUUGGGUUGUAUACAUUUACGAAUAAUGUUAAUAACUGGCUGACAUCUGUGCUUUGUUAUUGUGAAUCCGUAUCACAUGAAUCAUGUUCGAUCUUGUUCUUCUGCGAAAUGCUGCAGCUGGACUUGCCCAUAUUUUAUCAAUGUGGGUUUCCAUUUUAAGAAGCUAAAUUGAUCAUCAGUGUAUUUAAAAAGUCAAGUUCCAUAGUGAUAUUGACAAAAUGUCAAAAAUCAAAGCAAUUUCUUUAAUAUCCUAUGUACUUCCAACUAAUGAUGGGAAAACUUAAAAAGCUGGCUUUUACCUGCACAUCAAUAUAAAACAAAUAGUGAAUUCUGUAUCCUUGUUCCAUGGAUUCUUUGUACGAUAAAGAACUACUGGGGAAUCCAUAUUAUGACUCAAUUAGUGAGCUGUGGUAUGGUUAGGGGUUUCCUACUUAGAUACUUUUACUUGUAGAAUAUUUUUACUAAAGUGCUUUAUAAUGUGUUUUAAAGCAUUGCAUUUGCAAAAGGAAUAAAAAGCUGUAAAUAAUGCAUAUUUUAUGUAUUUGGACCAAAAGGUUACAUACAACUAGUUUAAACUGUUUUUGCACCAGGUUUGCUAUAAGUGAAGUAAAAGCAUCCCAUCUGCUGUUCAAAUUCCAGUUUUGAGUUGGACAUCACUGAAAUGCACUUCAAUGACCUCAACAACUUUAAAUACAUAGUGUGUCUGUCCAGGAGCCCCCUUUACAAAAAACUUAAUCUACAUCCUUUUAUCAUGCUGAAAAGGAAAAGGAAAACGGAAGCAUGUGGCCAAGAGAUACAAAGAAAUUGACGUCAGUAUAUUCAUGACACUGCCUUGUGUUACUUCAGCAAAUGUGCAUUUGCCAUGAUUAGCACCUUAUAGAACUUCUAUACAUGAGGUUGUGUAGCAGUUGGUUGGAUACUGGGAAACUACAUUUUAACCAAAUUCUAGAAAAGUUGCUGUUUUUCAAAUUCCCUAGCUGCAUAUGUUUUUACUGGGAUGUUUUUGUUUUAGUUUCAAAAUGAGUAUUAAAGUUUGCAGAUUUUUUUUAGUUCAUUUAAUUCAGCCUUUGAACUUCAUAUUCUGUAGGCUGUUAAAACGCAGUGUAAAUGUAUUGAUAGAACUUUACCAAAAUUGUGUAUCUGCUAUACAAACAGAAAGAGGUUAGUUGUCUAUAAACUGGAUGUUUUUAUGCCAAAAACAUGAUCCUAUUAAAAAAGGGUAAUGAGACUAUUAAGUAAAGCUUUUAAUUUGCUCUGUUCUUUAUUUUGCCUUCCUCUUAGAGAUUUACAAAUAGCACUGCCUUCCUAAGCAGUUUUUUUUCUUUUCAGUUAGCACUCAUUUAUGUUGUUCUUCAUUCUUUUUCUUGCAUUACCAUGAGCCAGAGUAUUUUGUAGCUGUGUUGGUAAAUGAGACAUAGGAAAAUAAAAUAUACUGUUAUUGGACCAAUUGAUUACUUAAAAUAUAGCAAGCUUGUGAACCAAUGUGUUCAACCUCAGGUGUUGAUGCUUAGAGCACAACUAAAAUCUUGAUCACCCAGGCUGAUAGCUGUGUAGUAAGCCUGCUGAUUUGAGUCUUACAUGUUGGGAAGAGAGUAUGAGGUAGUGCCUCAAAAACUAAGGGUAGUGUAGCAUGGAGCAAGUAAUACCCCUCAAAGUAUGAUUGUGCAAAUGAUUUCCAAACAUGGAAUAUGGAUACUUUGACUCAGAGCCAUGGGACAGAGUGGGUUGAAUAUCAUUCCUGGUAAAAUAUCCACUGUAUGGACAUGCCCUCAAAACAAAGGUGUGUGUGUGUGUAUUAAUUAGAUCAGCCUUUCCCAACCAAUGUGCCUCCAGAUAUUGUUGGACCACAACUCCCAUCUUUCCUGACCAUUGGCAA